AUGAACACAGAUGGGGGAUCGAAAGGCAAUCAUGGGAGGAGUUCCAUUGGAUUUGUAAUGAGAAAUGAAGAGGGGGAUGUACUGUAUGCGUGUGGAAAGGAAAUUCAAGAAGGAACUAAUACUGAAGCAGAGGCAAGGGCCAUACUUGAAGCAAUGAGGUAUUGUGUCCAGCAUGAUUAUGUGCUUAUAGAGCUGCACACAGACUCGAUGUUGAUUAAAAACUCUGUGAAUGGAGAAUGGGUUGUUCCUUGGUCUGUGGCUGAGUUUGUGGAUGAAAUUAAAGAGCUUAUGGCACGGUGCAAUGUAAGUAUAUCUCAUACAUUAAGGAAAGGUAAUAGAUUGGCAGAUCAUCUAGCUAAUUAUGCUUUAGAUAUUGGACCCAUUGACGCUCAUGGAUUCUGGGAGCUAGAUACACAAAGGAACGAUACUGUUACCAUGCCUCGUCUUGUGAUUGAAAUUCUAUGGGUGGUAUUAGCACAUUGUGCUCAUUCCCAGGAAAGGAUAUCAUAG